GCACAAGUUCACUCGUGUAAAUGAAAUAAUCCACAAGCUGUAGGAAGUUUUAACCUUCUUAUAUAUUCUUCAGUCUCUCUAGCAAUUAGAGAUUAUGACAUGUCACGACUGACUCAACCCUUACACUGUCGACAUACCGAAGUGAGGUUAUCAUUCCAUAUCAGUCCUUCUUCGACUUCUUCAACUUUGCAAAGACAUCACCCAGAUUCUGAUCUACAUUCGCAAACCACAAAAUGGCAUCACAAGAGACAUCUGAAAUGAUCGCAGAUAUUGGAACACUCACCCUGGACGAUCUUCGCCAGUUCCUACCAGUAGCAAAAGAAAAGAUUCAAGUAUACAUCGAUACACUCUUAGAAUCUACAGCAUAUGGUCGCCGAUCAGAAGAAGAAGCUCGCUCCACAAUUGCAUUGUAUGAGCGCUUCCCUGUAGAACAACAAGAAAAACAUAAGCAGCUUUUAGACUCCUUGGUGGAAAUGCUCAAUAGAUUGGUUGUUUGUCGUGCGGAUGGUGAAAAGCAAUUGCAUGAGUUUAUUGCAGAGUCUAUUAGCAUAGAGAGGGCAUGCAUCAAGCGAAUUGAGGAGUUGAUGGCGAAUGAUGAGACUGGAAGAUAUAUUUGAAAAUACCUCUCUGGCAAGAUGAAAUAAAUUUCUAUGUCUUCUGGAUGUCA